UUGCGUUGGCUCUCUCAACGUAAAGAUGUCGUCCUCGGCAAACCUCUUUAUUACAGUGGCAGCGAUUCUUGCGGUUCUGGCAGUUGCCGUGGAGUCUCAGGGAGCCAUCGAUAUCUUAGUCGUCAAGCAAAACGAACUCCUCCAACUUGUAAAAGGUUUAGAGUCUGUCACCAACGAACAACUGGAACUUCUUAACAACAAGCUUGAUGCAGGAUUAGAGACGAUACUGAACUCCAUUAAAAACGAGUGUGUCACCAACGAGCAACUGGAACUUCUUAAAAACAAGGUUGAUGCAGAUUUUGGAUUGUUGGGGCAAUGUUCACAAAGUCAAAUCGAUGUUUGCUAUCUCCCAGCGAACUUCGAAAUGCCAAGUUUGGAUUUUCUUCAUGACAUCGCUCAAGGCAAAAACACAUCUUCGAGCAGUAUUUAUAACCCAGAUUCGGACAGUAUUUAUAAAACAAUGGUUCCAGAGAUGGCCGUCGAUGACAGCAACUCCACGAUAUUCCAUUCCGUAAAAGAAAUCCGUCCUUGGUGGCUGAUCGAUCUGGGAUCGGAACGAGUCUUUUACCAUAUCUUGAUUCUGAGUCGCCAAGAUUCCAAUCCACAAAGGCUACAUGACCUUGAGAUUCGCCUGGGAAACAGCUUGGAGACGCCUGGAAACUUCUCUUCUUUUGAUCGCCUGAAUUUCUUCGAAGGACCUUACAAAAAGGAAGAUGGAUUCCUCAUGUAUACCUUUCCCAAGGGUGUUAAGGGAAGAUACAUAAGUCUACAGAUUGUUGCAGAUAAGGAAGAAUAUCUACAGCUUGACACUGUCAAAGUGAUCGGUUUAAGGAACUAAGUAGCUACCUUACUGGCCACAAUUCUUUUCUUCAAGUAUUGCGAAGUUUUUAAAGUCCUUGAAUACGGUUUCAGCAAAAUGAAAUAUGAUACAAAGCUUCCUGUAUUACGUAUCUUAUAACUCAAUAAAUUGAUGAAGCAGCAAA